GUAAUCUCAACUCGGAAGGACGCUAUUGUGAAAUUCAGCUAAAUUUAAGAAACUUUUAAGGAAAUUACUCGUAAAUUUACGUUAAAUCGGCAGAAAAAUGAAUCCUGAAACAAUUUUAAAAUCAUACGAAAAAAGUCUUUUCGGCAAAGAUUUAGAACUGACACAGAUCCAAAAGUUACUCGCUAAGACCUUGUUUUACAAACUCAGAGCUAAUUACAAGAAAAACGAUGUUGAGGCAAAGUUUGUCUAUGAUUCGAACGUCAUUCAAUGUGCUUUGGAGGCUGAAAUCGAUAAAGAGACCCCAAAUCCCGAUUCGCCUGAUUACAACAAAUUUCUUGCCAUGAAAGCGGUUUCCAUUUGUCAUCAAUCCCCCUUGGAAAGAGCAGAAAAGCUUCCUGCCGCCAUCGCAGCAUUGGAACCGAUCAAAUUCGCUCCUGAAGUUUCAUUGGCUUACGUUGUUGCCUCGAUUCACAUGGACUGCAAAAAGGAAAAUUUGGAUUAUUAUUUGAACGCAGAGGCGGUUUAUGAUCAUUACAAGAAAAACGGAACUCCCUGUCUUUCAACUCACGAAAUUUUUGGUGCCCUUCCGGUUAUCGAGCAGGAGAACGAUCUAAUUGUGCAAGAAUUUUUCGACAAAUUCGAGAAGUUGAAAAACGACGAUCUAGCAAUUAAAUAUGUCAUGCCGUCACUCAAAGCGUUUUUCAACAAGGCAAAAAUCAUGGAAAAGAUGGAAUACGGAAAAUUCAAGUUUGAAGCACUUAUCCCAGAAUUUCGAUCUCACUUUCAAUUAUUGCUCAAAACACAUCAUUUUGCUCAAGUGGAUCAUCUUUUGGCGAUUUUCAUGUUUCACUUGGUGAAAGCUGGACGUGCCAAGCCCCAAACGGAAGAAUCGCAAAACCAAAUCGAUGCAGCAAAAGCUCUGGUUUCAUCUUGGUACACAAUGGUCGGAUGGACAUUGGCGAUGUGUGCAGAGUUUAUGGCAAGAAAUCCAGAAUUUGCCUUGAAAUAUCCUGUUCGCACUGAAGUCGUUCGCUUUGAAGAAUUUAUGGAGCCUGGCGUCGAAAUCUAUGAGAACCAGUUCCCGAUUGACUUCAUUCAGACGGAAAAGGAAUGGGAUGGUGUCAUCAACAAGGGAAAAGUGUGGAGUCAACGGGCUUUGGAUUACUUUCGAAAAUGCGGAAAUUCCGGUAAAAAAUUUAAAGACUUAGUAGAAGGACUUGAGACAUUAUUGAAACUUUUCAAAAAUUGGAAUGAACCUAUUUUGUCUUAGGUUAAAGUUUAACGUACUUUUUUGAUGUUUUUUUUUAACGUACUUCAAGUUUACUCUUCAAGCAAAUGAAAAAUUACAUAUUUUGUAUUUCAUUGAAACCCUGUAAAUGUGUUCUAA